AUGCAACUUCCAAUUCCAAGAAUCAAUAGUACAAACUACAAGCGUAUACUAGCUGAGGCAAGACUAUCUGAAGAUAGAGAAAAGGUUAUUUCCGAAAUAAAGAGUGUUAUACUACUUAUGCCGCACAGGUCGUCCAUCAUAAGUAAUCUUAUAAACGACCUGGCAGAAGACAAUCCCGAAUUUAAAGAUAAGAUAGUAAGCAUGGCUAAUGACAUCUCAAUGGCCGAAGAUACUUACGGAUUGAUAUCUGCGUCUUUUACCUUCAAAAGACUAGGGGUAGAAGGGACAGAGGGUCUCUUUUGGGUUAAAGAAAUACCUACAACAAAUUCCUUGCUUGGAUCCACAAGCUUCGAAAUGCCUCCGGCUUCUCUGGACCGAUGCAAGAAAGAAGUAGAAAGAAUGCUUGGGAUUUCUAAUGAAAAAAGCUUUGAAGAGGUAUUUUGCGUAGUGCAGAUUAUAAGGAGCUUUCGAUUCUCUGUUCAUGAAUGCCUUGGGCAGUUAGGAUAUAUUUCAAAGCAAAAGACCUUGGUGGAUGGGCUUCGAAUUCUUCAUAAGGAGGAGAAUAGCCUGUAUUUAUCUGCAUUGAUUCUUGAACUUGCAAAGAAGCAAGGGUUUCUAAAGAUCCUGCUUGAAGACCUUCCUUUGUUUGAUCAAGAGUUUCGGGACAUCCUUCUGCCGCUUGUUUUUGAGUACUUCUACGGACCUAGUGAUGAGAGCAACAGCGUCUAUAUAAGCAGUUCCUAUAUACCUCUUGGGACUUCGGAGGAUAUAGAUCCAUUUAGGCGCCUUAUUACCGAGACCACAGUAAGAAACAUGAAGAGAAUUUCUGGAUCAAAUAAGGUGGAAGCUUUUCUGAAUAAGAAAGAAAAUCUAGAAGCUAAAAAAGUUCCAAGGAUGAGCCGAGAGGAAUUUGAAAAAACCAAUUUUGAGGACAAAAACGCGUUCUUCAGGAAUUUCUGUCUUCUUGGAUCCCCAAGUGUAUCUCAUUUCCUUACAUACCUGGAAAUCUACAAGGAACAGCUCGUGCUCAAUGAAGAGGAGCAGAAGUUGUUUCUCUCUAUAUUCUUUAAGACAUUUGAGGGGCUUGAGUCUUUUUCCCGGAUAGUUCUGGAGAAGUUGGUUCUGUUUAAAAUUGUAGACUUCAAAUUGUUAGAAAACUUUAAUGGAGAGCAUUCUCUAUAG